GAAUAUGGUGAAGAGGAAGUUAGGGGCCUUGGAAAAGGUCGAGGCUGAUCUGUAAGUGCUCCUCACCGUCGGACAGAGAAAAUUCUACCCGCCGACUCGGAGAGAGAACUUCAUCACGACCUCUGACACGUUGUGAUCUCUCUUCUUCAGGCCUAAUCUUCAGCACAAGAUCAGAAGAGACCCCAAGUCCUACAUCGAAGAUUUUCGCGCUCAGCACUACCAAUAUGAGAGUCACCGCGAGAUUUUCAUGGCGGCACCUUCGUCGGCCACUGACACGGGUAUCAUCUCGCUCCGUGAACUGAUCGAUUUCAUCGCCCACGUGGCCGACUGCUACCCUGAGAUUACAAAGGACUUUCCUCAGCAACUGAUGGAUAUCCUGUCGCAGCAUCACUUGAUCUUGCAGGCGGAGUUGCGGGAGAAGAUCGUUGGAAGCUUGGUACUUUUGAGAAAGAAGGAACUCUUGGAUUCCGCGACACUCCUUCAGACGCUGUUCCCUAUUCUCAUCUCCACGCCCAGCAAGACACUGCGCGCAUUACUGUUUCAAAAGAUCCUGAUGGACCUGCGAUCUUCCAAUGCGAAGUCUACGAAUCACAAACUCAACCGUACCAUGCAGACCGUCCUUUACAACCUAGUCACUUCCGACCGCACCUCCUCCAAGGGUCUGUGGGCUAUCAAGCUUACGCGCGAAUUGUGGAAGCGCCAGAUUUGGACUGAUGCCAAGGCUGUCGAAGUCAUGAAGGAGGCUAGUCUUGCUACCAACGAGAAGGUCAUUGUGGGCGGAAUCCGCUUCUUUCUGGGUGGUGAUAAGGAACGUGAAGAGAUGGAGGAUGAGAGCAGCGAUGAAGAGGCCAUCGACAUGGGCAGAGUAAAGCAUAUCAUCGGCAUCAACAAGAAGACCAAAAAGAAGGCUCGCGCUGUCGAGAAAGCCAGAGCAACCGUUAAGCGCCGUGAGCGCAAGAAGAACCAACCCCACCCGCUGAACUUCUCCGCGCUUCACCUGUUGCACGAUCCCCAGGGGUACGCAGAAAGCCUGUUCUCCAAGCACCUACAGAGCACCAAGUCCAAAUUGAACCUGGAUCAGAAGCUGUUGGUUCUUCAGCUUGUGACUCGCCUGGUCGGUUUGCACAAGCUUCACAUCAUGCAUCUGUACUCUUAUUUCCAAAAAUACCUCACGCCCCGCCAGCCUUCCGUCACUUCGUUCUUGGCUUCCCUUGCGCAGGCCUCUCACGAUCUGGUUCCUCCCGAUGACCUUGAGCCCUUGGUUCAGAAGAUCGCCAACGAGUUCGUUUCCGAAGCGUCGGCAGCAGAAGUCGCAUCCGCAGGUCUCAAUGCUAUCAGAGAGAUUUGCGCGCGUCAACCCCUUGCGAUGAACGAGACUCUGUUGCAAGAUCUUGUCAUGUACAGAAAGAGUAAGGACAAGGGAGUGGUCAUGGCCGCUCGUGGUCUGCUCAGUCUGUUCCGUGAACUCAACCCUGAAUGGCUCAAGAGAAGAGACCGUGGAAAGGAAGCCUCUAUGGGCCUGCGGUCGGGAGAGAAGAAGGAGAAACGCUUCGCCGAGCAAGCGGCCGGCGGUAUCGAGGGCAUCGAGCUGCUUGAGCAAUGGAAGGAAGAGGAACGCCGCAAGAAGAGGGCCGAGAAGGGCCUGCCCUCCGAUGCGGAAGAUGCCGAAGAGGAAGAAGAAGAGGACAAUUGGGAUGCCUGGAAUGUCGAGGAGGACGAGGACAGCGAUGACUCUGAUGGCUGGAUUCAGGUGCAAAGUGAUGCUGAGAUUGAGCUAAGUGACUCGGAUGACGACGACGAAGACUCGAAACGUCCGAAGAAGAAGGCCAAGUCGGAUGAAGAGACUGCUGCGGAGACUGCUGCGAAGGCGACCACCGAAGAGUCCGAGGCGCAGAAGGAAUUAGACCAGAAGCUCAGCCUGGCAGCUACUCGCAUUCUUACGCCCGCCGAUCUGGCGAAGCUGCAGGAGCUACGCACCGAAGCAGCUGUCAACGCCCUUGCGGGCGUGAAGGGGCGUCAAUCUGCCAGCAACCGCCACCACGACGACCCCCUGACGGCUGAAGAGAUCGAGGGUCUGGCAGCUCUGUCCGCCGGCAAAGCCACGCGCGAGGAACGCAUUGCUCAUGCCAAGGAGGGCAAGACGGAUCGGGCUGAGCACAAGAGUGUGACCGCCAAGCGCAAGGAGAAGAAGGAUGCACAGGGCAAGAGUACUACCAACAAGGAGAAGGCUCGUAAGAAGAACUUCCUCAUGACCCUAGGCAAGGCGAAGAGCAAGAACAAGCGCAGUCUGGUGCAAACGCGGGCGGUCUUGAAGGCGCACCAGGAGCGAGCCAAGCGUGGUGGUCGCAGGGGAAACACUGGCAAUUGAGGUAUAUCUUGAUGAUACCCUUGUUUUAUUUCUGAAUUGUAGAUUGUCGAGAAGCUUGCAAAUUAUAUAUUACUCUGCUUAUGCGAAUGGUGC